AUGGUUGGUAGAGUGGGAAAACAGUGUCGUAAGCGAUGGAAUAAUCAUCUGCGUUCUCAUAUCAAGAAGGAUGUUUUGACCGACGAUGAAGAGAGACAGUUAAUUCAAGCACAUGAAAGACUUGGAAAUCGAAGGCCAAAGAUAGCUAAGUACAUUCCUGGAAGAGCUGAAAAUUCAAUAAAGAAUCACUGGAAUGCUACAAAAAGGAGGCAGAUUUCAAGGAGAAAGAUAAAGAAAGUAAAAGGAGAUAGAAGACAGUCAACAUUAUUAGAAGAUUAUAUCAUAAAAAAGUAUUUCAGUAAUGGUUCCACCUCCACUAACUCAAAUUCCAGCAUCACCACCACUAUAGCAAAUCCUUCCAACGUCGGCACACCACUCCCAAUCGAUCAUUGUCAACCAAUGAAUCCAGCUGAAGGGACAUCUGAGAAUACUUAUAGCUUCAACAUUGAUGAAAAUUAUAAUCAUCCCACCAUUUUCUUCACUUCCCUAGAGAUUUUACAGACAACUAAUUCUCAACAGCCUGCUGUAGAAUAUGUGGAAAAUGACUUAUUCCAUUCUGCUCCAAACCCAAUGGGGAAUAAAUUUUUCCAUUCUGAAAUUCAAAUUAAAUCAUGGAAUUUAAUUCUAACUUUCAAAGCGUGGAGACUGAAGCUUCACAGAUUUAUCCUGAUGAGUUGUACUCUUCAUAUCAAUGGGAUGGAGACAAUGCUGGAAGCGUAA